AUGUCAAAUAAAAUUUAGAAAAAGAUUGUAAAAUCAAUAUUGAAGGAACUUCCCCCAAACAAAUCCAUAACAGAACAUAAAGUUUAUACAGCAAAUUCAUAAUCAGAUUAGUAAUGAAAAUUGAUAUUCUUAGGUAUUAAACUCAUAAAGAAUAUACAAGCAAUAAAAAUUUUUUAUUAGAAGAAGCUGAUAAUUAUUAUAGAAUAAGGGAAAGGAUAAAACAACAAAAAGAUGAAAUAAAUUAGGAUGACUAUGUUGGGUUGAAAGAUUUGUUAAAAACAAUGAAACCUUAACAUCAAUUGGGUGAUAUGUUUAAUGCUAUUACAGAAAUUGAAAGGAUUUAAUUGCCAAAUGAAAAAAAACUUCCAAACUUAGUAAACUCUUUUGAAGUAGAAGGUGGUUUUAUUUAUUUAAUAAAUGUUUGGGUAAUAGAGUUUAUUUAUUUUUAGGGGAUUGAAGAUGAAGAAACAUAUGAACCAAUUGAUGAAGUUGUGAAACUAUUUAAAAGAAAUAUAACAUGGAAGGAUAAAGUUAAAUGUGUUGCCAUCUGUAUUGACAGUAAUUCCUAAGAAAUUAUCAAUAUCAUAUAAUAAAAAAAAUGGGAUAUUUUUGAUCAUUAUUGUUUAUUGCCAGAUUCAGAAAUAGGUGAAACAUUCUUAGACAAUUUUAAUGUUGAGGAAAUUCCUAUGGCAAUUUUAGUAAAUAAGUGGGGUAGGAUUGUUUGUUUUGGACUUCAUGAUCAUUUAUAAAUUGAAGAAAAAAUAAAAUAAUAAUUAUAGGCUAAGGAAAACAUUAUAAUUUAAAAAGAUGAUGAAUAAAUUAAUAAUACAGGAAUAACAUAGGAACAAUUUAAAAUGUUAAAAGCCUAUUUUAUUGAUUUAUGGCUAUAACUUUAAAACUAACACUUUGAUGGAGAGGUUUAAAUCAACUUAACAAAGUAAAAUUAAUGGAAAUAAGAUGGUUCUAAGACUUUUCAAUAGGGAAGUAAACUAGAACUAAAUUAUUCCUUAGAAAUGAGAGAAAAAGAAAAGAUUCAAGCUUUUAUUGAAAAAUAUUGGAGUGUAAUUCCUGAAAGCUUUAGAGUGAUAGAAAAUGCUUAAAUUAAAGAUCUAUAAAAAUUAUAAAAAGAAAUAUAGCAAAAGUUUUAAAAAGUGUUUGCUACUAAAAGUGUUACUUUAACUUAUCCAGAAAUGUAAAAAAUCUCCAUAUUUUGGAAUUAAAAAAAGAAAAUUAUGGAAAUCGAGAAUAAUAAAUCCUUUGUAGUUAAAUAGGAGAAGUUAAAUCUUGUAACUUAUGAAUAAGGAAUCAAUGAACUUGAAAAGUAUUUAGAAUAAAUAAGUUAAGAUGUGGAUGCCAAAAAAAUAGCAGAUAAAAUAUAAGAUGAAUUAAAAUCUGCUGUAAUAUUAGGGCCUGGUAAAAAGUUUGCUCCAUUAAAAUUUUAUAAAAUGUUUGGCUCAAAUGAAAACAAAUCUAUUGAUCAUAAAUUAGGAUAGGUUUUGGUAAUUUUCUAUUGGUUAUGUGAAGAGGAAUGUGUAAAAAUGAUAGAUGAUUUAAUUGAAUUUUAAGUAACUAAUGUUAAUAAAUGGGGAUAAAAUGUUAGAAUUGUAGCUUGUAAUAUAGCUGCUCCAGAAGAUUCAAAACAGUUGAUGGAAGAUAAUCCAGAAUUUUCUAAAAAUAUUGAGAUUUACUUUAAGAAAAAAAGUUCAUUAACAGAUACUUCAUUAUAUGGAGUUUCAGAAGUACCUUAUUUUGUUAUUGUUGAUAAAUUUGGAUAUAUCAGAAAAUUGAAAGAAGUUGAAAAUUUUGAAGAAUAUAUUAACAAACUUUUAAAAGAAGAUAAAAAAUAAGAAAUUAAAAAAUAACAUAAGAGUGAAAAAGCUGAUCUUAUUAGUAAAUUAAUGUAAACAGAAGAAAUUUCUAAGUUAAUUCUCAACAUUGAUCCUUAAAAUGUUAUAUCACUAAAAAUUAGUUUUGAUGUUGUUAAGGUAGCAAAUGAUUAAUUAAUUUAAUAAUCUAGUUUAAAAUGGUACGUUAGAGAUUCUCAAGUUGAAGAAUUUAAUAAACUUCUAAAAUAAGUAUUUGAAAUAAUCCCUGAAAAUGAUUGGGUUAUUGAUUGUUAGAUUUAAAAAACACUAUCACUUAAAUAUCCAGGUUUGAUCUGUGCUUUAUGUAAAAAGGAUAUUUCUAAAGAAAAUUAAUAAUAUUAUUGUUAUUUUAAGGAUGAACAUGUUUGUGUCGAUUGUGCCGAAUUUGACGAUAAAAAUGAGAAAGGAAUGAAAAGAUAUAAAUAUUAACACACAUUAAUUUUUAUUAAUGGGCCAUUAACAAAUUUAUCAGUUUUACACAAUAUUGAUUCACAUAAAAUUGGUAAAAAUCUUUAACUUGCGUAAGGGUAUGAAGGUAAUUAAAGACAUGAAAUGGAUUGUGAUGGUUGUCGUAUAUCUUCAAAAGGACCAAGAUAUAUUUUAAUAAAUUCAAAGCCAGGAUAAUAUGAUAAACGCGUAAUUAUUAAUAUCUAAUAUUAGGGUUAUCAUGACUUAUGUGAAUUUUGUUUUUAAAAAAUAAAGAACAAAGGUUCCUAAGAGGCAAUCUAAAUUAUGUAAAAAUUGGGCUUAGAAAAACUGAAUGAAGAUACUCUAUUCACAAGAGUACUUUUUAAUUAUGGAAAUUAUAGAGAUUUUUGA